AUGGUGAAAAUAAGUGAAAUAAAAAGUACUUCAACAUUUGCAUGGUCGUCUGUAGACUCUAAUGUCUUGGCUACAGGGACCUUGGCUGGGGCUGUUGACGACUCAUUCUCUACCACUUCGUCAUUGGAACUUUGGGAUGUCCUGAACACCUCAGCUCCCAUAUUCCGAACCAAUGUUGGUGCAAGAUUUCAUGAUCUUGCGUGGAGUAAUCCAAUCUCUAAGUACCAGAGAGGACUACUUGCAGGUGCUUUUGAUAAUGGAACAAUUCAAUUGUGGGAUUCCUCAUCAUUGCUGAAUGGAUCAUCUGACAGUUUAAUAGAGCUAAAGAAACACACUGCGCCUGUUAAAACAAUAUCUUUCAAUCCUACAGAGUCACAGAUAUUUGCAUCUGGUGCUUCCAAUGGCCAAUUAUUCAUUUGGGAUAUAAAUCAUCUUUCAGAGCCUAUUUCACCGGGUGCUUCUACUACCCCUAUUAAUGACAUAAACUCCAUUGCUUGGAACUCCAAGAUACGUCAUAUUUUGGCCUCUGCUGGAACCUCAGGCUACGCAUCCAUUUGGGAUUUAAAGACCAAGAAAGAACUAUUGAACUUGAGUUACACUGCUCCAUCAGGUCAAAGAGCUAACUUAAGCACCGUUGCAUGGCAUCCUACUAAUUCGACAAGUGUAAUAACAGCUUCUGAUUCGGACGCUGUACCAUUGAUAAUGACUUGGGAUUUAAGGAAUACUAAUGUACCUGUAGCUACUCUUGAAGGUCAUCAAAAGGGUGUAUUGUCCCUGGAUUGGUGUUCGUGGGACUCAGAACUAUUACUUUCUUCUGGAAAGGAUAACUCUACCCUAUUGUGGAAUCCCAUCAGAGGCUCUUUGUUAGCGGAAUACCCAACCACCACUAAUUGGGCCUUCAAGACCCGCUUUUCUUCCAAGCUUCCUGACAUUUUUGCAACCAGUUCAUUUGAUGGUAAGAUAACGGUGCAGACCUUACAGGAUACUACACCUGCAGAGGCUCAACAAGCAAAAGCUAUCAACGAUGACGAAUUCUGGGCAGACCUGUCCAACAGCGAUAAGAAACAUCCUAAUUUUUUACAACGUCAAACUCCGGCCUGGCUUAAAGUGCCUUCCAGCGUUUCAUUUGGAUUUGGUGGAAAGAUUGUAAAAGUUUCCAAGGCCUCUGAUAACCAGUCAAUUGUUGUAAUUGAUAAUUUCACAACUAACGAUACGCUGGCCAAGUCCACUUCCCUUCUUGCAAGCACCAUCAGCACAAACGAUUACCAAACUCUUGUCGACGAAAAACUUCGUACCGAAGCAAAUAACCACGACUGGCAAUUAUUGAACGAUCUAUUAAAAGCGGAUGAUGUGAAAGAUUAUUUCAGAUUUCAGAUUGUGGAUCCUUCCGUAUUGAAACAUGACAAGUCUGAACAAAAGGUUGAAAACGGACAAGACAUAUUUGAAAACAUUGAGCAAACUGAUGAAGACUUUUUCAACAAUCUUGAAAGGGAAAAGAAUUCAGUUUCUGUCAACAUUCCAUCAUACUCUCCAACUGGUGAGUUUGAUGUCUCCUCUCUUAAGGAUCAAACAGGCCUGGCAGCCUCCCUCUUAUUAGGCGAUCUUGAAAAAGCCACUGAAAUAGCUCUCAGCCAGGGACUAAUCCAGGAGGCUCUAGUAUUGGCUUUAGGUGCAUCUGAAUCAUUACAGGCUAAAGUUAGGAAUGCCUAUUUUAACCAAACGCAAAAGUCCUCUCUACCAAGAUUGAUUUACAGUGCUACUGCUAACGAUGUUAAUGACCUCGUUGCUAAUGGUACUAUCUCUGGUUGGAGGGAUAUAGCAGCUGCUAUUUUUGCUUACUCUACGGAGAAAGAAGAGUUUUCAAAGUUCAUUGUGGAACUAGGUGAUAGGCUAUUAGCCAGUUCCCUUUCAGAUAGACGCUCUGAUGCUCUGCUUUGCUUCCUUGCUGGUGGUGCGCUCAACAAGGCGUCUACAAUUUGGAAUGCCGAGUUGAGUUCUCGUGAAGAGGUUCUCAAAUCUGAAAACCCUCAGCUCUCAUCUUAUGAAGCUCAUAAUAUUGUGUUGACUGAGUUUGUUGAAAAAAUUGCCGCAUUCAAGUAUGCAUUAAGGAUCAGCAAUAAGUUCAGUGGGCAGGGCGUUAAUACGUUGAACAAUUCAUUCCUAGAGUUUGCUUCUUUGGUGUCAUCUCAAGGGCAAUUUGAUUUGGCCUUGAACUUAUUGGAGAACUUAUCUACCGAGGAUGAAGACAUUAAACUUGAGAUAAAGCGAAUCUCAACAGCAUCAGGAAAAACUCUUUCCAGUAGAGCUGGUCCUCGUAGUGGCUAUGUUGGAAGUCAGGCUUCGACUUCCUUCUCAGGUGCAAGGUUCAAGUCAAGAGGUUCAGUGUCCGGAACCACGCAGUCUGUUCCUUCACCUAACGUGAAUCCUUACUUGAAUCAGCUACCAGUGCAAGGGCAAACUUUGGCACAAUCAAGGCCUUCAAUCCAGCCAUUAACGCAAGCGCCAGCCUCUGCUUAUGCUAUUCCUUCAGCAAGAACUGCUGCCAGUUCCAUUGCAAACAAUCCGUACGCUCCAAAGCAGAAUACUAAUGGUUCUUAUUCUCCAGCCCCUGGGGUGAACAAUACCAUUCCUGAAGUUCCAAAACCACCUACAACAAAAUCCAGACAAGGAGGUAGUGGCUGGAAUGAUUUGCCCAAUAACUUCAACAGCAGCAGAAGAACUACACCAGCUUCGACCGCUUCUCCUUAUGGAACACAAGGCAACCAGACGAUUCAGCCACCCUCUAGAACACCUUCUCAAAUGAACGUGAUUCCACCACCUCCACAAGCAAGUUCUUUUGUGCCUCCACCUCCUACAGCUACAGCCACAUCAAGUGUUCCAAAGAGCACGUUUGAAACUCCUUCACGACCAUUCAGCGCACAGAACAACCCCCACCCUGCAAUUUUGUCCCCUCGUCAGAGAGCAGCAUCUGUUAGAUCUCCAGUUUCUAAACCACACGCCAGGCCCAACCGUUACGCACCAGCUCCCUCUCAAACAGAGAAUGGACACUCUUCAACCGUAAAUAAUGUGUCAGGAGGUCAAUUUUCUCCUGCCCCUCAACAAGCAGGAAGUUUUCAAAGACAAGGUAGCUAUCAAGCUCCCUCAAACCCUUAUGCACCUAAAGCAGAAAGACAAGGGUCUUCUCGUGGAGGCUCAUUCUCCGUUCCACCUCCUAAUCCAUACGUAGGUAGCUCAGUGAAUGGGAAUGGAGGAGUGCACGGAGGCGCACCAGCUAUCCCUGUUGCCAACAACCCUUAUGCUAACAACAAUCAAAAUGCAUCAUAUGGCCAAGCAAACGGUCCACUAAAUGGAUUUGUACCUCCGCCACCAAUGCCUGAGAAAAUGGGAGGACUUUCCUCACAGAAUUACCCCAAGAGAGCAGCAAGUAGAGCAAAUAGCACUGCUGGAUAUGCGCCAUCACUAAGAUCGCCCAGUGUGCAACAAUUUCAACCACCACCACCUCCGGCACUAGCUCAACAUGUGCAACCGCCACCACCUCCUGAACUAGUUCAGCAGGUACCUCCACCCGCGCCGUCUGUACAACACCAAGUAUCACAAGGAUCUCAAGGAUCUCAAGGUGGGCCCCCUGCACAACAACAGACCAGAUUUCCCAGUGGAGAUAGAUCACAUAUAAGUGAUGAGGCUUUCCCUAUUUAUGAGUACCUGAGUAAGGAGUUGGAAAAUGUUAAGCCUAAGAUUCCAGAAAGAUUUACCAAACAACUCGUAGACGCUGAGAAGAGAUUGAAUAUCUUGUUUGAUCAUUUGAAUAACAAUGAGCUGUUAACCGCUCCUACGAUUACACUGUUGUCUAAUCUUUCAAAGUCUCUAGCUGACCAUGACUUUAAGACUGCUGAAUCGUUACUGAUUCAAAUUACUACCAUUCAUAACAACGAGGCAGGAAACUGGAGCGUUGGUGUGAAACGUCUUAUCCAGAUGUCCUCGGCUCUGAGUAGCUAA